AUGUCGGGAGCUAUGUUACUAGAGCUUGAUAAAGCGACCAAGGCAAGUCUAGAGUUUUGCGAAAAAAUUAGGAGCGCUUUGCAGGAAACAGUGGAGGUAACCGGGCUAACACCGACAACCACAAUAGAGAUAAGGGACCUUGACGCAAUCACGACAACUGCUGAAGUCGAAGAAGCAGUCAACCGAAUCCAUCCAAAUGGAAUUGAUCGAUUGAAAGCCAUGGUCAGUAAACCGAGUAAUCGAGAAUUGGUCAGAGCUUAUGUGCAACUCCCAACUACAGCAGCGGAAAAGCUUCUCGAAGCAGGCUCAAUCACUAUUGGAUGGAUCAGAGCGAAAAUGCGGAUGCGCACUGAAACUAAGCGCUGUUUCAGGUGCCAUGGCGUAGGACAUAUUCAAAGAAACUGCAAGGGUCCAGACAGAACGAAUCUUUGCAUCAAAUGUGGUGCACCUGGACACAAAUUAAAGGCUUGCACGAACCCUCCAAAGUGCUGCAUUGUAGUGCGCAUACACAUAUUGACACAGCACAUAAAUAAUCUUCAGUUUAUUCCCAUACUUUGUUGCGAUAUUUAUGCAACGGGAAUUAAACACCACGCGAUAAGCGUGUGCUGGCUAGUCAAUAGUGGAAUGUGCUGGCUAGUCAAAUAUGUUUAUGCACACUUAAUAUAA